AUGGUCGUAGUUCCCGCAAAUGCUCAGCGGGGCAAGAUUCCCAUUGUUCGCGACGCAGAGACGGAAGCUCUGUUGAAAGACUAUGCGAAACCGAUCUUCAAGGCUGCGGGCAUUGCACAUUCGGAGCCGGAAAUCAUUCUGGUCAACAACAAAAGCUUCAACGCCUUCGUUCCCGAUUCACGCCGCAUGUUCAUUAACAUCGGUGUCCUUAUGGAAGCCGAGGCGCCAAGUGAAGUGAUCGGUGUCAUUGCCCACGAAACCGGUCACAUAGCCGGGCGACAUCUGGUUCGCUUGCGUGCCGCUGCUGCAAAUGCCCAGAUCAUAGCGGUUAUCGGCAUGCUGUUGGGUGCAGGCGCAGCCGCAGCGGGCGCUGCUUCGGGUUCAGGUCAGGCCGCGUCCGGCGGCGCUGCUGCUGCUUUGGGCGCAACAUCAGUCGGCAAAAGAUCAUUGCUUUCCUACCAGCGUGGCGAAGAAGCCGCGGCUGACCGGGCAGCUCUUAAAUAUCUCAAUGCAACCGGGCAAAGCCCGCGGGGCAUGCUGAAGACCUUCCAGCGCAUGUCCGAACAACAGUUGUUUUCCCGUCAAUAUGCAGACCCUUAUGCACAAAGCCAUCCAAUGGCCCAGGAACGGUACAACGGUCUUUUGAACCAGGCGCAGAAAUCCAAGUACUUCAAUCAACCGGAAGACUAUGUACUCCAAUACCGGCACGAUCAGGUGCGCGCCAAGCUUUUUGCCUUUUCCAGUCAUCCUUCGGCGACAUUGCGCGCCUUCCCUCGAAGUGACAAGAGCCCUGCUGCACAAUACGCGAGGGCAAUUGCGGCAAUGAAAAGCCGCGGCAAAGGUGCCGUGAAGGAAAUCGAUGCCCUGAUCCGGACGCAACCCAACAACCCGUACUAUUACGAACUGAAGGGUCAGGCGCUGCUGGAAGGCGGAGACCCCAAGCGGGCGAUCGCGCCGUUCCGCAAGGCCUUGUCUUUCAAACCGAACGAACCGCAGUUCCUCGUUUGGCUCGGUUAUGCUCUGGUUGGCGCAAACAACCCGGCCUAUCUGCCGGAAGCAGAACGCGUGCUGAAAAAAGCCAUUCAACGGGAUUCAAAUUCCGGCGUUGCCUAUGGCCAGCUUGCCAUAGCCCAUGGCCGGCAAGGCGAGCGAGCCGACGCAGAUCUGGCAACGGCGAAAGGUUUGAUGGUGCGCGGCGACUUCGACGCAGCGAAACGCUAUGCGGCGCGUGCUCAAAAAAGUUUGAAGCGUGGAUCGCCGGCAUGGGUUCAAGCAGACGACAUUGUAGCGUACAAACCACCGGAUCUGCCGAAUCGCCGGUGA